UCAGGAUUUCACAGGGAAGCCGCAGAGAGAACGGGUCAACGGGCCACGGCGUCAGCACGACUUCACAGCUCAAAAAUACAGUAUUCAAGACUAUUUCAUUUAUCGCCUGGCAUGUGAUGACCAACUCAAUGCCAACUACAGGUCACUGAUAGAGGGUCAAAAUUACCUAAGCUCUGGAUGGGUUGGUCAAAUAUUGCAUAACCUACCAGAUGAGGAACACAUCACUUUUAAAGGACCUGUCCGGUACUCCCAGUCCAUCUACAACCAUCAUAAUGUUGAAAUAACUCUGCAGAGGAGAGAUGGCAAAGUAACAGAGGAAAGUGUUGCAGUCAUACAGCAGCUCUACUUUACAAAAUGAAACAGACUGUGACCCAAGGCUUUACAGGUACUGCCUGCACCGCCGAAGCAUGUGCCUGGAACAAAUCCUCCUGGAAAAAUGUGGUGACAGAUACAGUAGAGAACAUUCAAGUGCCAGACCAUGAACCUGGGAAAUGUAUGAAAAUUACAUCUACAGCAUUUGAGUCAGAUGCAGAUGUUGUUAGACAGGUUUCAUCGCCUGAGAUGGCUGGUUUAGCCUGUAUACCUGGAACAAUUUUACAUCAUGUGUUGACUGCACAGCCACGGAAAAAUGUAAAUGCAAAUGCACAAAUGAUACAUCAUGCACAGUGUGCUGAAGACAAAUGUAAACUCUGCAAUGACAUUUUUGAAAAAUUUGUAAAAUGUGGGAAAGAUGGGAGAGAAAAUAUAGAAUCAAAAACAAAGGGGCAGAAUUGUCAAUUUUGGCUAGACCAGAGAAAAAUUAGAAUAACUAGCAGUGAGGCAUCUGAAGUUCCUAAAAAAGCUGACCCAACAAGCUGGGUUGAAAGAAAACUUAAUGGCAAGUUUGUUGGAAGCGCAGCCACUAGGUAUGGACAAACAUCAGAGCCUUUGGCAAGAAUUUUUUUUGAGGAGACCACAGGAAAAACAGUAGAGACUGCAGGUCUUGUUGUGGAUGAGAGAGAAAACUGGCUUGCAGCCAGCCUUGAUGGCAUAAUUGACACAGAUACCAUCCUUGAGAUUAAGUGUCCAACACUGAAGAAGCUGGAGUCACAUGAUGGCAGUCUGCUGAAAAUGAUUGAAUCAAACAAAUAUGAGAUAAAACAUAUCAAUGGCCGAUACAUUCUUAAGGAAACUGCAUCAGGCUUAGGGUACUACUACCAGGUCCAAAUAGCAAUGCAUUGUGCAAACAAAACAAAUUGCAAGUUUCUGGUAUGGACCCCAAAUGAAUAUAUUAUCGUGGAUGUGCCAUACAACAAAGACUGGACAAUGGAGAAAAUCUGCCACCUGAAAAAGGUUUACUUUCAACAUCUACUCCCAGCAAUAGCGACAAGAAUAGCACAUGGAGUAAUGGAAAUCAGACUCAAGUAGUUGAGGAUCACAUCCUUCUCAUCACAAUUCACUCUUAAGAGUGAAAUGUGUACAGAAAUUAGUUUCUUAAAAGCAAGUUAGGCAAACAACUGUUUCAUUUAAUCAAUUUACAUUUCAUUUUCAUUUAUAUGAAGCACUUAG